AUCCAUCCACACUUUCCUCUUUCUUCUACUGUAAUCUAUACAGCAAAAAGAAAAAAGAAGAUUUAACUGUUAAUGAUGUAUUGAUAAGCUAGUAGUAGUAAAUGGCCACAAAGUAUUUACUCUCAAUCUGUAUCUUUCAUCUAUUGUUAAUCGCUCCUCCAGUUCUCUCCGGGUCUCGUCGCCCAAUAUCUGAAACAGAAAUAAGGCAAAAGAAGAACGAGUGCUAUGCUGAUAUAGAGAGUGGCCUUUGGGGACAGCAAUGCAAAUCCUCCAUGACUGCUAAAGAAAAUUGUGCUUUACGCUGUCUUUCUCCUAUUUGUUAUCAGCUUAUUUACGAGAGCGAUCCGCUGGAAGAGGGAGAGAAGGAUCACUCUAGAAGCCAAGAAUACAAGUAUUGUAUGUAUAAGGAUUCACUGGGAGAGUCCCUUGAGGGUAUUAAGGGAGUCUUUGAGUAUUAAGUUAUGCAAUUCAAACCAGACAGAAUAUUUAGCCCUAGUGGAGAAUCACUUGCUGCAUAAAUUUAGCUGCAAAGUAUAUGUUUAUGAUAAAAUAUAUUGGCUUAAGAUGUCAAUGAUCUCAUUAUUUUCAGUGCAUUAGCUCUCUAACUCCAAUAUGUCCUGCUCUGCUGAAAAAAGUUAUCAUGGCAACAAGAAUGAUUAGUUUGUGGUGUUGUACCAAUAUACUUUUUUCUUUUCCUUUUUAAAUAUUUAAGGCUCUGUUUGUUUUGUGAAA